AUGCAGUUCACAAGACCCGUUGAGGUCAAAGAGACGCUCGAUGCCUUCGUCACCGAGAACGCUGAUGGGCUUCGACAGUUAAAGCAAUAUAUUCUCAAGCAAGAGAUUGGCAAAGGCGCCUUUGGAAAAGUUCAUCUUGGUGUUGACGAGAACACUGGUACUCCCUAUGCUGUCAAAGAGUUCAGCAAAUCCAAACUCAGGAAGAAGGAUAAGACAAAUCUUUUCAAAUUGGGUCCCCGCGGACGUGGUCGUGGCAUGAGAGGACCCUCUGCACCCAGUCCAACCUCUACAGCAGAGUCUUCACCCCUUGAUCUGAUUCGUGGUGAGAUUGCUAUCCUCAAGAAAUUGAAUCAUCCCAACAUUGUGAAGCUGUACGAAGUCCUCGAUGUAGCUAACGAUGAUUCGAUGUACAUGGUCUUUGAAUUUUGCGAGAAGGGUGUAUUGAUGCCCGUAUCUUUGACGAAAACAUUCAACAAGAGCCUUUUUACGGAUGAAAUGUGCCGCGAUUUGUUCCAGCAGAUCGUUCUUGGAAUUGAAUACCUUCAUGAGCACGACAUCAUCCACCGCGACAUUAAGCCUGACAAUUUACUGCUCACAGAGGGAAACAUCGUCAAGAUUGUUGACUUUGGAGUAUCCGAGAUGUUUGACAAAAAGGGCAAUGACAUGACCAAGAAAUCUGCAGGAAGUCCGGCAUUUAUGGCUCCAGAGCUCUGCCGUCAUGAUCACGGAGAAGUUUCUGGACGUGCGACAGACAUCUGGUCUAUGGGUGUGACUUUAUACUGUCUUCGGUAUGGUCGUCUUCCAUAUGUCUCCGAGUCAAUUUUGGAAAUGCAGAGGAUUAUUCACUUGAUCGAAGGUCUUCUUGAAAAAGAUCCAACUAAGCGUGUGACUAUCGAUCAGCUCAGGGAUGACCCAUGGCUAACCAACAACGGCAACGACCAAUUGAUCAGUAAAGAAGAAAACACGAUACAUGCAGUGACAGAGGUCACAGAGGAGGAUCUUCGUGGUGCCAUUCAAAAAAUCAAUGGAUUAGUGACAGUGGUAAUCUUUUGA